AUGAAGUUUUCGCUCGUUCCCGUGGCCAUUGCCCUCUUCUCCACCGCCUACGCUGCUCCCAGUGCGCCUGUCGCUGAGAACGCUGAGCUGGUCGCUCGCGGCAACUGCCCCGCCGCGCAGGACUGCCAGUGCACGGCCAAGUUUGACAAGUACGCCAACCCCAUCGAGUAUGGCUCUACCGUCUCGGCCCGCAUCUCCGGCGCGGACCGCGGCCUAACGACCUCUGACUGGCGCGGCGCCAACGGCUACGGCAGCGCUUCCCUGUGCAGAGUUACCGUCAACCGCGUGUGCGGCGACUGCAAGGCCUGGAAGACGACGACGGAUAAGUGUGGAUACUACAGCUUGACCACCUUUAACUGCGUCAACGCAUAA